GGACGCCACCAUCACAUCUCUGAAUGGCUGCCCUGUUCUCUCUUAAGAAGCGGCAAGCCAAACCCACCGGGGUGAGGACUGACACAGCGUAUAUAAAGCAACGCAGCGAGUGGUAAUUACAGAUCACCCUUCGCCUUUUUGUCGUCCGGCAGACUGACGUGGAUUAAUCAGUACCAGGGUAGCUUACAGUUGGAGCAGCCAUGUCUCAUGGAUGGGGAUACGAACCGACCAACGGACCUGACACAUGGGCUGCAGAUUUCCCCAUAGCUGAUGGGAACAGGCAGUCUCCCAUUAACAUAAUCCCUAAAGAAGCUCAUUAUGACCCAUCUCUGAAGGCUCUGAAAAUCAGCUACGACCCCUCAAACACCAAGGGCAUUCUGAACAAUGGGCACUCCUUCCAGGUGGACUUUGUGGAUGACACAGACAGCUCCACCUUGACUGGGGGUCCUAUUUCUGGAGUCUACCGCCUGAGGCAGUUUCAUUUCCACUGGGGAGGAAGUGACAACAGAGGCUCUGAGCACACUCUCAAUGGCAUCAAGUUCCCCUGUGAGCUUCACUUGGUGCACUGGAACACUAAGUACCCCAGUUUUGGAGAGGCAGCUGAAAAGCCUGAUGGACUUGCUGUAGUGGGGGUAUUUCUAAAGAUUGGUGCUGCCAACCCCCGCCUUCAGAAAGUUCUGGAUGCUUUGGAUGCCAUCAAGAACAAGGGAAAGCAGACAACCUUUGCUAACUUUGAUCCAAGGACUCUUCUUCCUGGUUCCCCGGAUUAUUGGACCUAUGAGGGCUCUUUGACGACUCCUCCCCUCCUGGAGAGUGUCACCUGGAUUGUACUUAAGGAGCCAAUCAGCGUCAGCCCUGCACAAAUGGCCAAGUUUCGCAGCCUCCUCUUCACCGGAGAUGGAGAAGCUCCAUGCUACAUGGUGGACAACUACCGCCCUCCACAGCCUCUCAAGGGCCGCCUGGUCCGCGCAUCCUUCAAAUAAGCCCUUCUUCCUUGUCAGAUCCUCUUACUCUUUUCUUCUUCUUUUGGUGAACAUUCCUGUUCCCUGUGUGCAGGCUUUACUUACUUUAUUGUUGCUCUGUUGAAAUCACAUGGAAAAUUGUAACAGCCAAUAACAAUGAUGUAGGACUUCUAGUUAGAUUAGAUUAAAUAGAUUUUUUUUGCAGUAUCUGCAUUUUUAAAACAACAACAACAAACUCUUUCCAAAGUGAAUUAUUAUUUAUAAGUAAGUGUCAGUAAACAAUAAUAUCUAAUAUCUAAACAAUAAUAUAUAGUUGUUGUUAUCAAUUUCAUCAAAAAGACACUGUAGACUAGGUUUGCUUUUAAUUUGUCAUAUAAAGCACAAAUGAUCUAUUCAUGAACAGUUUCCUGUUUAUGAAGCAAAAGUCUGCUUAAUGUUCUUCUUAAAGUCUUCUAAAUCUUUCCUCGUGCUUAAACUUUGCCUUUAUCAACAUUUUGAAGCUUUCUAUGAAUUGAUUGUGUUGUGAUUUGUGCUGCAGACAGCUGCUCAGAUUGUCAAAGGCUUACCGAUGGCUAAUUCUGCCACUGGUCAGUAAACCGGUCAGCAAAAACAGGAAGUUACUGAACUUGGAUAUGACAUUCUUCUGUAGUCGUACUCAUCAUUUUACACACUAUACAGCAGUUGGAGCCACCACCUAUCAGGUAGUGCUUUUACGUAAGUAGAUUUGACUUUUGACCCCCCCAUUAUGGUACAAUAACAGAAGUAAGUCUGUUGUUAAGGACUGUCUAAUCUAGCUUUAACCAAUAGUACAACCAAAGGCCAUGUGCAUUCCUGUGGAUAUGGCUUAUCUUCUCAGUGGCACUACAAUACAUUUUAUUUGUGUCAUUUAAUUUUCUUUUCUUCCUUUUUUUGGUUUGUUUGUGUACCGGUCACCACAGUGCCUUAACCACGGUCUUGAAGGCUAUUUUUCCAUUCUUUCUUUUUUUGGUUUGUUUGUUUGUUUGUUUACUGGUCACCACAGUGCCUUAACUGCUGUCUUUAAGACAAAUUGGAAAGAAAGUGGCAUCAUUUUAUGGCUAUGAGCAUUGUUCCUUUUUACUCUUUUUUUCAGUGCCUUUAACUUAUUCUCCAUUUAACUAAGCUUAAAUAAAUAGCAGGUAUUUAUGAGAGACCAGAGCAAUGUAAGUUUUGUUUUUCAUAUCAAUUGUUUUAGGGUGUAUCUAUAGUAAAACAGGUUUAACUGCUUAUAGUCACAUUACACGUGUAAAUGCCUGUGAGACUCUUUCACUUAAUAAAUGGAAAAGUGCAACAAUUUCAAAAA